AUAUUGUGGAUUGGAGCGCCUUAUAUUUCUAGUGUUAAAUUAUUCUGUAGCAUUAGUGUAUACGUGUAUACCAGUGAAUAAUUAUCACAAUUGUGCUUUUGCCGGGAUGUAUCAUCAUUGAACAUGUGAAUCUUUGCAGAUAUGUGCAUUAGCUUUAUUCUUCAAUUGCUUCGUCAAACCACAUUUAAACAAUCAUUCACGUCUAUUAAUUUCGUCUCUCGCAAUUUAGAAAUAGUUUAUAAUGUCAUAAUUGUCAUUUUUCCCAUUAACAUACAAUCGACGCAGUGGUGUCUUAUGAUGAUUGAACUUUGCUCGCAUAUUCACGUAGGUUCACGCAAACGCAUACAACACCGAGACUGGUUACUCGGUCGCUGCUUCUAUCGCGCAGCAAUCAAACCAGUUGCUGCUCUUGAAUAAAACACUCAUCGUCUGAUAGGAGUUCAUUUCAGUCCAAUGCAGGCUAACCUUCAUGCGUAUUUAUAUGUUUCAUUCAGUCAGUAGUAUCACGUACUAGCUGUUUUAUUUAACAAUCAACCAAACAGUUCAGUUAUUAUAAAUUUAAAUGCGCUGUUUUUAACUAAACGUUCAAUUUGAAUGGUUUCUAGGCGACCGAAAUCGCACGUACCCAAUCAAGAUAAAAUCUAUAAAAAACAACGAAGUUCACCGAAUCUACCGAGUGCAAACACUUGUUAAUUGCGAUAAGACGCAGCCCGCGUGAAGACGACGGGGGGUUAUCAGCAGAAGGGAAUCAACAUGACUGAGUUCAACACAGUAAGCCGACCUUCGGCUCAUCCCGAGCUUCUUGAAAAUAGAACCUACUUUCCUGACCUUCCCAAAUCUGGUCCACUGACUAAGUAUCGACAGCAAUCAGCAAUCGACUGGCGCAAAGUGAAACUUGCGUUAAACGAUGAAGCAUCCUUGGAACUCCAGCACAGCACGUGGGAUUUUCUCCAGAGCCAUCCCCUGUUUGCCAGGCCCAAUCGUGCCCUGUCGACCGAUGAAAUGCGCCACCUAGCGACGAAGCAGAUGUAUGUCAUUCAGGAUGCGAACCUGUUUGGUAUCGAAAAGCUAUUGGAGAGACCCGAUUUUAUGGCUUUCUUCAAUCAUAUACUGAUGGCUUAUGAUGCUAGCUUUGCGGUGAAGUUUUCACUUGGUUUUGGAAUGUUCUCUUCAGUUAUUCAAGCCCUGGACGUUGGACGACUAUCGCACAUUAUACAGCAAAAUCAAGGCGGAGAAAUCUUGGGUGCAUUUGGAUUGACAGAGAUUUCCCAUGGAACCAACGCUAAGGGAAUGCGAACUACUGCUACUUAUGAUUCAAGCACCAAAGAAUAUGUAUUGAAUACACCGGAUUUCGAAGCUGCAAAAUGUUGGAUUGGGAAUCUGGGAAAAACCUGUACGCAUCUUAUCUGUUAUGCUCAGUUGUACACUGAAGAUGGAAAGCAUCACGGUUUGAACGCCUUUGUGGUGCCGGUGAGAGACCCGAAAACUUUGAAUGCGUAUCCGGGUGUGAUUGUAGGAGACCUUGGGGAAAAGUCUGGCUUGCAUGGUGUCGACAAUGGAUUUGUCAUGUUUAGGGAGUACCGCAUUCCACGAGAAUAUUUGCUAGCUAAGACUGGGGAUGUUAACGAGGAGGGCCAGUUCAUAUCACCGUAUAAGGACGAAAACAAGAGGUUUGGUGCAUCACUUGGAGCGCUGUCUGGCGGACGAGUUGGAAUUUGCGGAAUCGCAAAUGUUUACCUAACCAAGGCCAUCAGCAUCGCUAUCCGUUACUCGGCAAGCAGAAAGCAAUUCAGUGCCGACGAUAACUCUGAAGAGCUGCCAGUUCUUGAGUACCAGUCACAACAGUUUCGUCUAUUUCCCCAUUUGGCCAAUGUUUUCGCCAUCAAAAUGUUCAACCUGUGGUUCGCAAAGGUCUACGGAGACGUUCUGUUGAACAUCUUGAUGGGUGAGAAGAACGAACACGUGGGCAUGGAGCUGCACGCGUUAUCCUCGGCUGCUAAACCGAUUUGCACGUGGGCUGCUCGGGACGGUAUUCAGGAGUGUCGCGAAGCAUGUGGAGGACAUGGAUUCCUGAAGUUUUCGACCCUCGGAGAUUUGCGGAAUGACAACGAUCCGAACUGUACGUACGAAGGUGAGAAUAAUGUGCUCAUACAGCAAACAUCGAAUUGGCUGCUGAACGUGCGCUCACGAGGUCAUGAAGCGUUCGGUGCUGUUUCGCCGCUUGGAACAGCCACUUUCUUGAAAGAUUUCGCAGAUAUUAUAAGUUCACGAGCAAAUUGGAAAUCCCCACAACAGGCAUUGGAUAUUAAAGGUCUAUUGGAUGCACUCAAUUGGUUAGUGGCAUUUACACUCGAGGAGACGUACGAAAAAACCGUGUUAUUGAAACAAAAAGGGAAAUCCUCUUUUGAUGCAAGAAACGAGUCGCAAUCAUUCUACGCUAGGACGUUGUCUAUGGUCUACGGUGAAAGAGCGCUGAUAUACGUAGCAGACAAGUUUUUGGCAAACUUAGAAGAAGGCUCGGAAAAGAUCGUUUUGCAGCGAUUGAUUUCACUUUGCGGAGCUAACCUGGUUCUGAAGUAUAGCGGUAUCUUCUACCAGGGUGGAUACUUUGCUCAAACGCCGAAUGCAAUGAACCUACUGCAGCAAGGAGUAUUGGACUUACUACCCCUAAUUAAGACUGACGCCAUUUCACUGGUGGACGCGAUUGCCCCUCCGGAUUUCUUGCUAAACUCACCUCUCGGUAUGAGCGAUGGAGAAGUGUAUAAACACAUGGAAUCAGCAAUCAUGCAAGCUCCUGGAGUAUUGGAGCGACCGAAAUGGUGGCGUGAUGCAGUUUACAGGGAUUAUAUAAAAUCAAAGCUGUAGUAAAUUUGAAUAAGUUGUAACAAGGUACAUUCAUGUGAUAGAUAAUUUGUGUUGGGGAUAUAGGGGUUAAAAUAGAACAAUUAAAAGCUUUAAUAAACAAUUGAA